AUGGACGGAAGCAAAAGUAAGCCCUUGUGUCGUAUGUCUGAUCUAGCAAAGCCUCACAAACUUGGCCGACGAUUUGAUCCACCGCUCACCGUUUGCAUCUCCUGCAAAGGCCAACAAUACACUGGGAAUAGGCGUGGGUACUAUUACUAUUGUGCUACUUGUGAUUUGGAAUUCCACAAAGGUUGUUACUUGUUUCCUCCAGAAAUCAAACACCCUUUCCACCUCAUCCACCCUCUCACCCUCACCUUCUUAGAUCAUAAUCUUGUUAGCUCUGCGAUCCCUGAAAUUUGGUUUCUGUUAAGCACGGAAUAUCCAUACAAGCAUAUGUUUGGAGAUGAAGAAGAAUGUGCUUCAGAUGGGAAUCAUAAAAGAUGCAACUCUUGUCGGAAAAAGAUCACAUACCGCGACCCAGACUAUCCUUCGUUUUUUGAUAUAACAUAUUAUCAUUGUUCUAUCUGCAAUUUCAGUCUACACUCUUCUUGCGUAAAGGAUUCACCACCUCAUACUAUUGAAAACCUAAAAAGCCAUGAACACACUCUUACCCUCUUUCCUAGACUACUCCCUUUGCCCUGUGAUGCUUGUGGUUUUUCACUUGACGCUCGCAAUGAUUCAGUUUACUCUUUUGCUGUUCCUUCUGGUGAUGAGCUCUCUUGUGGUGUUUGUCGCAAACUCGUUGACGUCAACUACGGGCAAUACGCUUGCAAAAAGGGAUGCCACUAUGCUGUCCAUUCGAAAUGUGCAACAAAGAAUGAAGUGUGGGAUGGUAAAGAUCUUGAUGGAGUGCCUGAGGAAGAAGAAGAAGAGAUUGAGCCAUUCGUGAGGAUUGACGAAGAGACAAUACAACAUUUCAGUCAUGACCAUCACUAUCUAAAGAUUCAUCAUGGGAAUGACAACCAUGAAAACAAGUUUUGCCAAGCUUGCAUCCUUCGGAUAACAGUUUCGGAUAGCUUCUAUAGCUGUGUACAAUGCGAUUUUGUCAUCCACGAAACAUGUGCAGGCCUUCCUCGCAUAAAACACCAUCCACUACACAAACACCCGCUCACCCUCUACCAUUUACACUAUCCUCAUCUCAACGAGGUCCAGUCUAAAUACUAUGACCUAGGUUUCUUCGCGUGUAGUGGUUGUAGCCGAGAAUGUUGUGGUUUCAUGUACAAGUGUUGUGAAAAGGAUUGUGACUUUCAACUAGAUGCAAGGUGUGCUUCGCUUCCUGAUCCUAUAAUCCAUGACUGCCAUCCACAUGAUCACCCUCUCUUCUUCAAUUUGACCGAAGGUGAAUGCAUGGUUUGUAAGAUUACAUCCGGAUUAAGAAAGUACUUAGAAUGUAUUGAAUGCAGGUCCUUUUCGUGUCUUACUUGUGCUACUAUGCCUCUGGUGGCUCACUACAAGUACGAUAAACAUCCACUCACUCUUUGCUGUGGAGAAGAAAAGACAAAAGAUCUCCAGUAUUGGUGCGAGAUUUGUGAAUCAGAAAUAGAUGCACAAAAGUGGUUCUACACAUGCAGCUAUUGUUCUGUCACUCUUCAUGUUACAUGUUUACUGGGAGAUAAGGUCUACAUGAAGCCAAACCAUAUGAUCAAGAUGUACGAAGGUGCAAAAACAAGUAUUGGUAUUGUACCCAACAGUGGUAACUCUAGACCAAUGUGUGAUGGAUGUAGAAGCCGUUGUGUGGACACUUUGGUAGUCAAGACCAAGAUGAAUUAUGCUAGAGAUGAACUAGACGGGGCUAUGAUCAUAUCAAAGACUCUAACAAAGAGUGACAUUGUUGGUAAUGUGGCAUUACCAAAAGCGCAAGUGAUGUCUGUCCUCACGAGGAUGAAUGGUGUCACAGAUGAGGGUUUGGACAACGGUUUUGAAGUGUAA